GUGGAGGAUUUAUUUUUCCUCCAAAACGUAUUCUUGGCAUCUGUGGCAUCUUGGCAGGUAAAGCAUGAAGUUAAUUUGCAGACGCUGCCAGUAAGUUCUCAGGGCUUGAGGCAGAUGGGUGAGAACCACUGGUCCAGAUGGUGCUGGUGCAUCCAGACUGACCGCAAGUGCCAGCUCUGUGGUUCAGAGGCACUCUGGAGUACCAUUUGGCUGGAAAACAGCCAAACCAACAAAAAUCAGGAAGUCUGUUAACUUCAUGUUGCCCUCCUCUUCUUUGUCUUCAUUUUCCCUCCUCAUCUCCUCUGGUUUCAGUUCUCCUCCAUCCUUUGCUCAGUUUUGCUGAAGCUCACUUUAAAGGUUCCAUCACACCCACAGCUGGAUUUCUUUAGGCUCAAAACAUCCUUCUGCAAGGGACUCGAGGCUUGUAAACAAGAGUCACAUGACUCCGUAGUAGCUGCUUCGCUGGACAGAUGUUUGGUUGCUACUCAUCCUGCCAAGUUUAGAGAAUUUUGGUAGCAGGAGGGAGUUCAUUUAUCUUAAAAUAAGUAUGAUGAAUUAGUUUGUGCAGAUCAUAAUCAGAUUGUGGUUUUGCUGCAGUUUAUUUUAUCAUGCUUGAUUUUCCAGUAGCUUCAAAGUUUUGUUUGAGGUCAGUGACCCUUUAUUAGCUCCCAAAUUCUUUUUACCAGAUUAACUGGAGACCUGUUUAAGUUUUGCAGACUAGGAGAUUUAUUUAAAAUUAUUUGUGUUAAAACACACACACACACACAGAAAUAGUGUAUUUCAGGUCAAUUUUUAUUUUAAAAGAUCUAACAGUUAACGGAUUAAUCAGUGAAAUAAAAUCCUCUGUGACCUUUAGUGCACAGCAAGCUGCUGUAAGUGGAGUUUUGACCCGAAGGUUGAGACACUCAGCCAUAAACUCGGGGCUGUAGCUCUUUGUUUUUCUUUGCUGUAUUUGGUUUAUGAGCUCAGUUUGCAUCCAGAUUUACCUGGAAGAUGACACAUUCACCGUUUUCAGCACACCCGUCUGACAGCCUCCAUUUCAUCCCUGUUGAGUGCUUGUAUACCAGUCCAGCACUCAGUCUCUUCCCAGCUCUUUUUCACCGUCACACCCCUGUUGUUUAUCACUUCAGCAGGCAAGUUAAUUGGCAGAAAAUAAAAGAAUAUACCAAUUACCACUCUCAUUGUUUAAUACCCCUCUAAGCACCACCGUUUCCCAGCCCCCCCCCCACCAACGCACACCUCCGACGUCCUCAUUCAUUUGCGCGAAUACACAAACUCCCACAUCUCUCCUUUAAUUGUUUUCAAUUUGUUUCUCGUUAGCGCUCAUAUGCCCGCACCUCCUUCUCCUCUCGCUUUUUUUCCGAUGGGAUGGGUUGUUUUGUGUUGGAGGCCAUGAAGAAGAGGAAGCGAGUGGCAGUGAAAUCUGCUCAGGAAGAACGGAAAGGCUUUGAAAGCAUCUUGGAAGGCUUGUUUGGGCCAGGACUAGUCAAAGAUAUCACCCUGUUCCAAGACUGCGAGCCUGAGGAAGUGUCUGACUGGUCCUUCGAUGAAAACUGUCUCUUCUGCUGCUUAAGACGCGAGAAAGUCAAGGAGCACCGCGUGGAGAACGGUGGAGGCAGCCAGGUGCUGUCGGAGUGUGAAGACUUCAAACAGGAGCAGUCUCGGAUCAGCCGGCUGGAGAGACAGGCCCAAGACUUCCUCAAUGCUGUGUUCCACAGGAAAGACCUCCCACGUUUCUCAGAACCUCACAUUCCUCUAGUGGCUCGUGAGAUCAUGCAGCGAAUGAUCCGCCAGUUCGCUGCCGAAUAUACCUCAAAAACUACUCAGGACAACUCGCCCCUGCCCAACGGCAUCAUGAAGGACCAAAGCCUGCCGAGAGCGGCGUCUCUGGCCCCGGCCCCGUGUUCCCCGCCUGGGCCCCUGCCCGCACCGAGCUCCCCUCCGUCGUCUGCCUCUUCCUCCCCAUCCCCGACCCCCGGGCCGGGCCUCAGCCCCACCUCCGCCACCGCCGCCGCUGCCUCAGCUCCCGCCUGCAGCAACGGUACGGGGGCCAGUAAUGGUGGAGGCGGAGGUACGGCUGCUGCCUCUGCACAGAAUCCCGUCCUCAGCAAGCUUCUCAUGGCCGACCAAGACGGCCCGCUGGACCUCUCCGUCAAAAAGAGCCAAGACGACCCCGAGCCCAGCCAGCAGGAUGGCGUCCUGGACCUCUCCACCAAGAAGAACCACAGCGCAGGCAACCACAAAACCUUCCCCAGCUUCUCCCCUGCACCCGGGGUCAAAGGACAUUCCCUCAAAGUGGAACAGACUCUGCCAGAGGUGGAUGACGAGGAUGGCCUGCUGCAGAGAAGCUUGCAGGAUGGACUGAGGGAGAACUACGUCACUUCCAACUCCUUCAAGCCCCCACUGGCCCGGUCGCUGCGUAUCAAGGAAGAGCUCCUUAGCCAGAAGCACCGCCUCCUGAGCCAGCCUGCUGCUCUUUCAUUGGCUAAUCUAGAGUCGGCCGGUUUGCUCAAUCAUGGGCAGUCUCACACCUUGCUUGGCCAGAAGGGCUCUUCCUCAUUCUGGGGAAGCAAGGCCCACCUUGAUAGCCUGCUGAAGCUAAAACAGGCCAGUGGAGCUCUGAGCGGGGCCCUCAGCGAUCUCAAAGAUCUGCCAACAUUCCUGGAGAAUCACCACCACAACCACCAUGGAGCCUUCCCCUUCAAGAGUUCCCUCCACCAUCACCACCACAAUCAGGUCUCCAAGGCCCAGCAUCACCACAAUGAGGGCAAGAGAGACCAGGGCCACUCACCUCCCGUUGACUUGAAGAUCCCUCAAGUUCGGGGCAUGGAUCUCUCCUGGGACUCCCAUGCCUCUGAGCUGUACGGCUAUGGCGCAAUGGGGGUUGGGGGCGGUGGCCACGGGGAGAACACCCUGAGCAGGAAGCUGAGAGCCAUUUUGCCCAAGCAGAACCGUCGUGGUGGAAGCCUUGGAAGCCUGCUGGAUGGGGCAGCUGAUUACUGGAGCUCCGACCUGGAUCACUCCAGUUCCGGGCCAACCUACUCCACCUCUGACGUGGAAGGGGACCCAAACUCCAAGCAGCCAAGGAAGAAGAGAGGCCGUUAUCGCCAGUACAACACUGAGAUCCUGGAGGAGGCCAUAGCAGUAGUGAUGAGCGGGAAGAUGAGCGUGUCCAAGGCUCAGAACAUGUAUGGAAUCCCGCACAGCACCUUGGAGUACAAGGUAAAGGAGCGCAUGGGAACCCUGAAGAACCCCCCAAAGAAGAAGCUCAAGCUGAUGAUGAAAAUGGAAGCAGGAGGCCAGGAUUUUCCUGCUGAGUCGGAGAACACGCCCACCGCAACCCCACGAGACGACGGCCAGCCACUGGCAGCUGCUGAGCUCAAGGAUGAUGUAAAAGAAGAGAUUGAUGACAAUUUCAAACCAAUCGACUAAACAACUUACACAUGUAAACCUCAGUCAAAUGACUACAUUUAAAAACGGAUGGGGCUUUAUUUGUGCCAAUUUACUUUGCAGUAACUGGGUGAGCACAAACGCAGGGAUAAUAUGAGGAGGAUUCUUAAAACAAACUGGAGAUAAACUAAUCUGAAGGUUUUUAACAAGCAUCGCUUGAGCGGUGCUGCGUAAGCAUUUGUUUAGCUUUUAUAUCCAGGGGCUUAACAAAUGCGACUAAAGACAUUAGUUAAAUGACAAUUAAUGAAAUUUCCGUAAGCAUGCUGAUAAUCCUCAGCCCAAAAACCCAAUCCCCCCUUUUCUGAACUUGAUACACUGAACCCUUGCUGCUUAUAAAUGCAGUUUGGACUUUGGACCAUUCCAAUUCGAGGGGAAAAAAAACACGAGGGGAAGGAUGAAAAUUUACUCCUUAAAAAAACUGACAGUUAAGUCCCUUUACUGCUCCCCUCUCUCAUGGAGUACUAGCUGAAAAUUGGUAAGUGAACUGUCUAUUACAUUUAAAGCCAACUGUAAGGUUUAAUCAUACCAUUGAUAUUCCUCACCAGGGUUCUGAAUCAAAACCCAUUCUCUUAUUGCCAGGUAGCCAUGAUGCUUUAACUGCAAACCUUUUCUUUCCUCCUUAAGAUAUUCUGCUUAUCUCUGUGCGGACGAAAGCAACAUUAACCCGUCCUUUUUGAAUGAGAAAAGACACACAAAAGUCAUUCAGGGAUGCAUGUUUGUGAGUUUCGUGGACACUAUUGACUUCUAUAAUCGACAUCUUUUCCUCUAUCUUUAUCUUUUCAUUUGAUUUAUUUUGCUUUCUUUUGCACUACACUUUGGGUCUGGCGCUUACAGACCAGGUUACCUCGGCAUCGUUGCCCUUGCAUCAUGCACUUAUUAUGGUCUGUCACUGAAGCCCAGCCGCAACCUCACAACAGGUCAGAGGUGCACAUCGCCUGCAUAAGCUGAUCCAUAAUCAGAUCCCAGGAACCUCAAAAACCCCCUUUUUUGCCAGGGGACAAGUUGAGGGGUUAUCUGAUUAUGGAUCAGCUGUUUUUAAGGCGGAAUGCUACCUCAUGGACCUCCAUCAGUGUCUCACUGCUGAUCCUGGAAUGCUGUAGCCUUCAGGUUGUCCUCCAGAGGGUGACUGAAGUGAGCUCAUCAGCUCAUGGAGAUCUUAAUUGGAUGAAGGCCUUUUAGGAUCAGAAUGUGAAACUCUGCUGCUAUCCAGUUGAUCAUCUAGCUUCUAUACGAGGCUUUAGCUAGUCUUAGCUAACAACAAUUGCUGAUGUUUUUUCUUUCCUUUUCUAACCAACCUAAGCAAGAGCUAUUAGCUCAGCUGAUGAGUUUUAAAAGAAAUUCUUCUCCCUCAAAUUUUAAAGACAGUUUUAAAGGCAGUUUACCACAACAAUGUGCAUUUAUAAAUGGGGUGUUCAUUUUGGGAUGGUGGGUGGGCAAUAUGCAGUGGGGAGGGUUAGAUGAUAGAGAUGAGGGAAAGGCAGAUUUAAUAUAUUAUAAAUUAUUAUGACUGAUGAUGUAAAAGCCAAUCCGUGAUUCUGAAUGAUUUCUUUUCUCCUCAUUUUUAACUCAGGGUGACUGAGACAGACGAUGUGGGUUUCUAAUAUGGUCGUUUCCUAUUGGACCUAUGGUAGAUAGACAGGAGGAAAAGACACACCUCUCACUGAUGCUUUGUGAGUUAUCAUAGCAGCGCCACAGCAGAUAGACCUGCUAAUGAAUCAUGAUAAAGAACAGAAAACACUGACGUUGGGUUUUGAGGAUCAAACUCAUGGCGCUAAACUUCUUAAAAAAAACAAAAAAAGCACUUUUCAAAAAUAUGAGAAAAAAACAAGCAAAAGAAAGCUGUUUGAGGUUAUGCAUGUAGUGUAUCUCUUCUCCGGGGGGAUAUGGAGCAUAGUGACGAGGAGGGCAGAGAGAUGGAAGAUUAAAGCUUUAGUGUGUGAAGACUUUCAUGAAAGCUGCAGCUUGGACCCAAACUACUCUUUUAACCCCUCUCGAUUACCUCCAACAUUCAAAAAAAAAAAAAAGAAGGAAAAAAAAAGAAAAAACGGUAUACAGCUUGAACAAGUUGAGUUUUGUGUAGUGUCGUCUCGUCGUUUUCCUUCUCCGCCGCUGAAGCACCAGGGAUAGAAAAACUCUCAUAACAAUUUUAUCAGGUGGGGAAAGAAUAUCCGCCAGUCUUUUGGUAUUUUCCAUCAGAAAAAGAUUGAAAGAGAUGACAGAGGCUUUUUGUUUGUCGUGUUUUAUUUUUUUGCUCUGUGGUAAAUGUUGCUCGUCGCUCCUAACACUGCCUGGUGCUCACCCAGUUUGUGAGAAUUUUAACGAGAAUUGUACCUCUCUGUUCAGAUGAAAUGAUGAUGAUUCACUCCUUUUGAAAUGUAUUGUACAUUUUAUUUAUUUGAUUUAUUUUCUCUUUGAUUGUUCUCUUUAAAAAUGGCAUGCACCACUUUCUCUUGGCUGAUUUUGGGGUCAGGCCAGCUGAAUAUAAGAGUGAGAUUUCAACUCAGUUAAUCCUGAGCCAGAGAUGAUAAAACUCUCUCUGAAUUAAACACAAUCUAAUUAGAGUUAAAAUCGUUUACUACCUGUUGCAUACAAUCUAAAUGAUCUCCUCUGUGGUUAUUGGUUACCCACCUUAAUCUUUGCAGCUUCCUUGUCUUGAUUGGCAGGUUUUUGUGGCCAAUGGGAAAAGCUCUAGAAAAGACAAACAGUACUUCUGGGGGCCAUCGUGCAUCAAAUGCGUCCAACACUUUGAUAAUGCUGAGCAUUUGAAGUGUCUAAAAGGUUGUUGUGCAUGUCCAGCUGGACCAAGCGAAGGACAAUGCACUGAUCUGAUAGUUAAAACAGAAUUGAAGCCCCAGUGUUUAUAUUAAAGCACUUCUUAAGAAUGCGCCUCUGCACACUUAGCCAACUGUGAACACAGUGCGAUUAAACCCGACUUACAGUGUGCCCUCCUCCCUGUAGAAAAAAAAAAAAAAAGAAAAGAAAAAACUGAACAAAACAAAGUUAUGGCACUCUGCCUGUUAGCCUGUUUCAUGUAAUGCAUGUAAAGCAUGGAUUUGUGCAACUAAGAAAAAAAUAUGUGUUUAGAAAUAGUGUAAUUGGCACUUGAUGCACACUUUUGCAUGGAUAAACCUGAGCAGCACUUAAACUAAAGUCCCGAGAGGGGCCAAACUAUCUCUGUGUAUAAUUUACACUUUCUUUCUCCCCUUAUUGUACAUUUGGCUUUUGCUAUAAAAUUUCAUUACCUUCUAAACGCUUGAAUUGAAAGCUUGAAAGUCCCAUUUUCAGCCUGUUCUUAUCUACUGAGGUGCAUGCCAUUUAAGGUUUAUUUAUUUCAUUUUUAAUUGAUUUUUUUUUUUUUUAUUAUUGUUUGCAGUCAUGUGGUUAACGGCUCCCCCUGUCCGACAAAGUCCUCCUUCUUGCAACUGAGUCUCACUGCUGUUUUUAAAGAAAUCUACUUCAGAGAACAGUAUAUAUAUCUAUUUAGAUACAUUAUAUAUAUAUACACACAUAUAUAAACAAAUGCUCACGUAAUGAAUGUAGUGAACUGAAUAUCUCGAACUUACAAAAGCAGAAGAGUGAUCUACAAAAAAAAGGAAAAAAAAAAGAUGGCACUGUCAGUUCAUUUCUAACAGACUGUUGUUUUUAUUGACUUGCUUAUAGUUUCACUUUUAUGCUGCUUGCAUUGGAAACGCAGUCGUUUUCUGACGCGGGUGUGCAACAGUAGCCUUCAGUACUGUAAACGUCUCAGGAUCGAGCCAACGGGAUGGGCAGCAAUAUUUGUCAGUCGGAAAAUGGCGCAGACUUAACUACCUGUAAUAGAUGUAAUUUAUAGACUUAUAUACACGCAGUAUAUGAAAUAUGUCAACUUGGUCAGCAGAGACCAAGUACUAUACCUCAAACUCAGAAUAAUGACUCCUUUCUGUGCCUCGUACUUUCAUGUAUACCUUACCUUGGAGCCUGGCGAAGGGAUAGCCGAUACUCUGGGAAAUACAGUAUCCGCCACUGUUUCUUGUCUUUUAUUAUCUCUUCGUUUUUCUUUUCUUUGUUUCACCUCCCUCCCGCAAAAGGGAGGAGGGAGACGCUUCAAGUGUCUGACUGACCAAUAUUUGCCACCCUACCUUUUUUCAGG